AUGUUCGCCCCAGCAUUUGAUCAUUCGUUCAACGACCUAUUCAACCAAUACGUCAACACGGAUCCUUCCGCUAGUAGUGACGGUAACAAAGACGUUUCGUUUACUGGUGGUGACUUUGACCAGUUUUUUGCAGUCAGUGAUUGUGGCGAACUUUCACCCACCGGUUCCAAACAGUUCCUGCAGUCGUCGCCGCAAACUUGGCGAAAAGAUGCAUGGACCGUACAGCAAGACUCGUUCAAUGAAUCGCAGUUGCACCGGCCCAGACCUUUUCAUGACACAGUACAACCCUCUGAAGUUGUCUCUGAUUUUAGCGCUGUAAGCCUGGAAGAGUCGUCUCCUCCCGAAGCUCUUGCCCUACUAUCUUCUUCACCAUCCUCGCCGCCAGCAACACCCAGCCGCAAGAUUCAUUCCAGAAGCGUUCCAAUCACUCCCAAAAGCAUUCGCAAACGAGAGCUGAAUGACCGCGGUACUUUGCUUCGUAAACAGAGCUACUCACCUAACUUGAUGCGCUCAGCGCAUAUGCAGAGGUCCAAGAUGGCGUAUCCAGAAACCUGGGCAUCGCGACUACAGCGCUUCAACAGUCAAAUGCGUGGUGUUGACGAGAGACUUCCACUCUCACCUCCUCCAUCUGAUAUUCUCGUUCAGAAUGAGAACAUGCGCCGCGAUAGUGGCAUCCAUCUCAAUGCGAGCAGCGAGAACUUGCUACGAGAUGCAGCAGAUAUCUCGUCUCAGUAUAACCCAGCCAUUUUUGCGAAUAAAGCUCAACAACAGCAGCAACAUUCAUAUAUGAACCAGAGCACCUCGACGCCACCUCCGGUGGAUGACAUCUUUCAGACUCCACCCUCGUCAGACUCGCAACAGCUGCACGCGUGGCAUGCAGACGCCCUUGCGUCGACCCUUCAAUUCACACCAGACAUCAAUGCCCAGGAUGGCCAUUGGUGGACAUCGCCUUUACCGACGCGUAUCUCCCAACCCCCAAACCAAAACUCCUAUCUUGCUUCGUCACUUGCGCAUAAAUCGCCGAUUAAUAACCCGAUGCAACAGCAUGACCUACUCCAAGGUGGUCUGAUGAUUGACUUUGGCUCUACAUAUGAUCUUGGCUCAAAUUCUGAUGCCUUUACGCCAGCACCAAGCCUGCAUUCUUCAAACACGCCGCACAUUCCCGCCACCUCUCAUCAACAAAUCACCUUUUCGCAUCAUCCUUACAUGACUGCAAGACAGCCAAGUCAUCAGCAACAAUUCCUUGAGAAUCAAUCUCGCUCCCCUUCGCUGUCUCCCACGAAUACAACAUCACCAAAGUCACGCGCUGCGUUGAAGAAUCAACGCCGUAGCCACCCCCGAAAACUGUCUUCCCAUUCCACAACAGCCGCCAAACCUGCAAAUAACAAAUUGGGCACGCCCUCUAAGAGUACAGCCUCCAAGUCGGCAUCGAAUGUGUCCUUUGUCAACUUUACUGCCAACGACAGCAAGAAAAUCCUUACCGGUGUCGCUCCUAGCGGCAGUUCCAAGACUAAAGCCCGCCGAGAACAGGAAGCUCGUGAGAAGCGUCGCAAGCUUAGUGAAGCUGCCUUGAUGGCUGUCCGGAAGGCCGGCGGUGAUGUCGAGGCACUAGAAGCGGUCCUAUGUUAA